UAGAUUAACACUCUCUUCUUCCACUAGGGGCAGCUUUUCUGUGUAUGCCCUCUUUUUUACUCUCUCUCUUAAAGCAAAGAUCUUUUUCUGUGUCUAGAGUUGGGUUCAGAGGAGGAAGAUGAGGGGUCCUUUGGGGGCAGUGAUUGGGAGGUACCCAUCAAGUGAUGGAAGUACACAAAUGGGAGGAAUCAUAAGGCACAACAGGAAAUGCAGGGACAUUGCUUUUCUUGUUCUGUUCAUUGCCUUCUGGGUUGCUAUGAUUGUUAACUCCAGCUUUGGAUUCAACAAGGGAAACCCUUUGAGGCUAACUUUUGGGUUGGACUACGAAGGAAAUGUUUGUGGUAACCGGCAUGCAAAACGAAACCUUCGGGAAUUAGAACUCAGAUACUGGGUUAAUCCUAAUCAAGUUUACCAAAGUGGUUUGAAGAACAGCGGAUUCAAGCUGUCCAAUGCCCGGAGCAUCUGCUUGAUGGAAUGCCCUAUCCCCUCGGAAGAUUCACUAAAUUGGGUCUGUGAUUAUCCAGAGGGAGAUAUCCAUCUAACAAUGGAUGACUGGAUUGACAGGAAUUAUGAUUAUUUUGAGUUCCUUACUCCAGAUAUGAGAAACACCUCUCUUCAACUUCAAGGCCCUUGUUACCCUGUCAUAUUUCCCAGUGUUAAUGUUUUCUGGAGCUGCCAAUUUAUUGCUCGUGCAUCAAAUAUGUCUUUGCGGCACUGGCAGCAGAUGGGUGGAGUGAAAAUCAAUGAGGACAUUGUAAUAGACAAAUCCAUUCAUCGGUCUAUCAAUUCUCGGUCAUCUGUCUUAAAGAGAUACAUGGCUGACAUUGCAAAGUCAUGGCCAGUAUUGAUUGUUUGUGGAGGAAUCUUGCCACUGUUUUUAUCGGUGAUUUGGUUGUUGAUGAUUCGGCAUUUUGUUUCUGGAAUGCCAUGGAUAACAGUUAUUCUCUUCAAUGUUCUCAUAGUAUCAGUCACAAUGUUUUACUACUUAAAAGCUGGAUGGAUUGGGGAUGAUGCCAUCUCCCCCAUCAUUGGUGAACAUGACCCAUAUUACAGCGUAUUUGGAAGGGAGCUAACUCAUCUUCGUGUGGCUGCUGUUAUUAUGACCGUUGUAAUGAUUACUUCUGUCCUCUCAUCUAUUGCAAUUGUCCGACGUAUCCUUAUGGCAACAUCUGUCCUGAAGGUUGCUGCGAAGGUUAUAGGAGAAGUUCAGGCACUCAUAAUUUUCCCAAUUAUGCCAUAUCUUAUUCUUGCAAUCUUUUACAUAAACUGGCUUUCAGCAGCUCUCUAUCUGUUCAGUUCUGGUGAGAUCCUCCAGAAUGACUGCAACUCCAACUGCUGUGCUUAUGAUCUUGCAUCAAAACGGGUGAACUGUGAUCGCUGCUGUGGUUAUAGUAUCCAUUACACACCACAUAUUGCCAUUGCUAUCCUCUUCCACCUGUUUGGGUGUUACUGGGUUACCCAAUUUUUUAUAGCAUGCUCCUCGACUGUCAUUGCGGGUUCUGUUGCUUCCUAUUAUUGGGCUCGUGGUGAAACAUCUCCAGAGAUUCCGUUUCUUCCAGUUUUUUCCUCCAUGAAGCGGUUGAUGCGUUAUAGCCUUGGGUCUGUGGCCCUUGGCUCCCUGACUGUAUCAUUUGUUGAAUCAAUCCGCUUUAUGCUUGAAUCGAUUCGUCGCAAAUUGAAAGUUUAUAAUAUGAUGCCUGAAAGCCGGGUCGGAAGGGUGGCAUUUUAUUUUUCUCAGGGUUUCCGGAAAUGUAUCGAAUGGACCAUCAAAUCAGUGAACCGCAAUGCAUAUAUAAUGAUUGCUAUAACAGGUAAAAGUUUUUGUAGAGCUUCUGCCAUUGCAACAGAAUUGAUCAUCAGUAAUAUCCUUCGAAUAGGGAAGGUCAAUGUGAUUGGAGAUGUUAUUCUCUUUCUUGGGAAGUUGUGUGUCAGCCUUUCAAGUGCUGUCUUUGCCUUCCUCAUGUUGGAUACUCACAAAUACAGAUCUGCGCAUAACAAAAUCUCCUCCCCAUUGUUCCCUGUGCUGGUAUGCUGGGGGCUUGGCUAUGUUGUUGCCACUCUAUUCUUUGGAGUGGUGGAGAUGUCAAUUGAUACCAUCAUCCUUUCAUUCUGCCAGGAUUCUGAAGAGCACCAAGGAACAGCCCAAUAUGCUCCUCCCCUUCUCAUUGAGACCCUCAAUGACCAAAACGAGAUGCAGAGACUUACCCAAUGACCCUCCUAAAACACCCCAGAUUUUUGUUUCUCCUUUUUUCAUAUUUACUAGAAUUCGAGAAUCUUAUGAUAUUUUAUAUGCAGUGGCCUGUUCUCCUUUCCCAUCUCCUUUGUUUGGCCUGUCCUCCCUGUUUUUGCUUCUUUUUCUAGCUGGUCUGUUUCACUGGAACUGUUUUGUUCUCAUGUAUAUAUUCUGUUGCUUGCUUGACAAAGUUAUGGUCCAUUGAAGGCUUCUAUUGAAAGAAAGAAUCAUCAUUAUUAUCAAGGUUAA